AUGCACGCCCCACACUUGCGUCCUAAGUCAAGCACAACGGUCUGGUCACGGCCCUUCUGGUUUGUUUCAGGGAGAGGACAGGCAGGUAGACACCUGGACCGAGCACCAGGCCCCGCCCCACGUGCCACGCUUUAAAGAAUCGUAAGACUUAGUGCUCCCUGGAGGUCGCGGUCGCGGACAUGGAGGGCACGCCAGCAGCCAACUGGAGUGUCGAGUUGGACCUCGGGAGUGGAGUGCCACCAGGGGAGGAGGGCAACCGCACGGCCGGGCCACCACAACGCAACGAGGCCCUGGCGCGCGUGGAGGUGGCGGUCCUGUGCCUCAUUCUGUUCCUGGCUCUGAGUGGCAACGCGUGUGUGCUGCUGGCGCUGCGCACCACGCGCCACAAGCACUCGCGCCUCUUCUUUUUCAUGAAGCACCUGAGCAUCGCUGACCUGGUGGUGGCUGUGUUUCAGGUGCUCCCGCAGCUGCUGUGGGACAUCACCUUCCGCUUCUACGGGCCCGACCUGCUGUGUCGUCUGGUCAAAUACUUGCAGGUGGUGGGCAUGUUCGCCUCCACCUACCUGCUGCUGCUGAUGUCGCUCGACCGCUGUCUGGCCAUCUGCCAGCCGCUGCGCUCCCUGCGCCGCCGAACCGACCGCCUGGCGGUGCUGGGGACGUGGCUUGGGUGCCUGGUGGCCAGUGCUCCGCAGGUGCACAUUUUCUCGCUGCGCGAAGUGGCGGACGGAGUCUUCGAUUGCUGGGCGGUCUUCAUCCAGCCCUGGGGACCCAAGGCCUACGUCACAUGGAUCACGCUCGCCGUCUACAUUGUACCGGUCAUUGUGCUGGCCGCCUGCUACGGCCUCAUCAGCUUCAAGAUCUGGCAGAAUCUGAGACUCAAGACGGCAGCGGCGGCGGCGGCUGCCGAGGGGAAUGACGCGGCCGGUGGAGCUGGGCGUGCGGCGUUGGCACGGGUCAGUAGUGUCAAGCUUAUCUCCAAGGCCAAAAUCCGCACGGUGAAGAUGACCUUCAUCAUCGUACUGGCCUUCAUCGUGUGCUGGACACCUUUCUUCUUCGUGCAGAUGUGGAGCGUCUGGGACGUCAAUGCGCCCAAGGAAGCUUCUGCCUUCAUCAUUGCCAUGCUCUUGGCCAGCCUCAACAGCUGCUGCAACCCCUGGAUCUACAUGCUCUUCACAGGUCACCUCUUCCACGAACUCAUGCAGCGCUUCCUCUGCUGCUCUGCUCGUUACCUGAAGGGCAACCGGCCCGGCGAGACGAGCGUCAGCAAGAAGAGCAACUCAUCCACCUUUGUCCUGAGCCGUCGCAGCUCGAGCCAGAGGAGCUGCUCUCAGCCAUCUUCAGCAUGAGCCAUAGGCCUGGCCCACCGGGCCAGCCGCAGGGUUGGUGGUGUGGACUCCAGUCUUCCCCUGUGGUGGUGUGCAUGGAGCUGCAUUAGGUGUCUAUUGGUUUGCAUCCCUUCUCUCCUUGAGUUGGCUAGAGCGUGUGUCAUAUUCUGACGUGGGGUGGGGAAAUGUCUCUAUGGGGGAUGAUUGGGUCACUCAGCCAUCAGAGGGUCACCUGAACUCCCACCUGUGUUUCUACUACCCUGACCCAAGUGCUCCUGUGUGAUGGGUGGACUCUUGGGCACCUGGCUUUUGUCCCUUUCCCUCUUGUUUAUCCUGGUAUCUUGUCAAAGACAGCACGCCUAGGAUAGGUGACUUGAAGCCCAGUGGGCUGGGAUAAGGAGUGGGAAAUGAGGCUGCGGACGCAGAGUGGUGCUAAUUUCCCCCUGACCUGAGUCGUGUGGACAGAUCUUAGCAUCCUUAGGGCAUCCUGGAAAGCACUGGGAACCAGAAACUGAACUGGGAGGCUGCCUGGCUCUGAAAGGUGAUGAGAACGGGGGCCAAAAUGUUGAAGAUGCUGCUGCUUGACAAACAUUUGGGAAGGAAAAGGAGAGUCAUCCAGGACAGGUGAGGGAGGGGAGCAGUUUGUACAUGACACUGGCCCGUGCAUAUGUGAUCUAGGAGCACUCACAUACAUAUGCGUACGUGCACAUACAUGCAAGUAGCCCUUCUCUCCCCCCUCCAUCUCCCUCUCUCCUUUUCC